AUGGUUAAGUUUGAUAGAUACUUAGGAAGUAAUUUCGAUGAUGAAGCUUUUCCGAUUAUACCUGUUGAAGCUAGAUGGAUUGAUAAUGGCAUUGAAUGCUCACGUAAACAGUUGCCUCUUAAUUUAGCCUUUGCUAUGACAAUUCACAAAGCACAGAGAUUAAUACUAGAUAAUGCUGUUAUCGAUAUUGGCUCACGUGAACACUCUAUUGGUUUGUCUUAUGUUGGAUUGAGUCGUGUACGAAAAAUAACGGAUUUAGCUAUCCAACAAUACUUUGCUAAAGAUCGCAUCGAUAGAAUUCCACAAUCCCAAAUGUUAAAAGAUAGACUAGCGUACAUUCCAUCUGUAAAUCUUUUAUGA